AAAAAUUUUUCUUUUCUUUUUUCUAUCUCUUAUAUUAUUUUAGAAAUUGUAUUUUCAAUAGAUCUUUUGGUAAAAGAUCAUCGUUAAAGUAUCCAUUAGAAUGUCUUGUCUAUUAUUAUUAUAAUUACAGUUCAAUUAAUAUCGUCCCAUAUGAAUUUUGAUUUCAGAAAUUCUUCAAUGAGAUUAUUGCAACGAUUCGUAUCGGGGGUAUCCUUCAAAUAUUUAAGAGCGUUGGGUUACAUAAGUUGCCAGAAGGUCACCUAUCCCUGCAAGAACUGCGGCAAGGUCUAUCAUUAUUACUCAAGUUUGGCUAGGCAUCUUAAACACGAGUGUGGGGUCGAGCCGAAGUUUCAUUGUCCGUUGUGCCCCUACAGAACGAAGCAUAAAUCCAGCUUGAACACUCAUCUCAAUGGGAGACAUAUGAAAUUGUUAAACGAGUUUUACGCAUUGCCAAACGGGAACAAAUUGUCUUCGUCCAUGAAUGCAACAAAUUAGGAAGAGAACAAAAAGAAAAUUAACUUACUCGUCAAAAGCAACAAUAAGCAACAGCAACAACAACAAUAAUAAUACAACCAACAAAAAAGAAAUAAGAAAUAAUAAAAACAAUAUUGUUAGGAUUUUCAUUGAUUAGAAGUAUCAUCAUCGAUUAGCCUUAGCUUGCCUAGAUCUCCAAAGCGAGUUUUAUAUUUUAUUUCUGCCAUAGUUGUCAUUUUAAUAGAGUUCAUUAAUAAAGAUUAUAUAUAUAUAUAUAUACAUACAUAUGUAUAUAUACAUAUACGUAUAUAUAUAUAUAUCAACAUUGUACAUAUAAAUAACGUUCGUUAUGUAGAUAGAUCGAUGAUAUAUACAUAUGUAUGUGUCUUUUUAUGUAUAUAGGUAGUACGGCUUUGAUACACUGUGACGAUCGUGAAGAUAUACGAGAUAUAUAUAUAUAUAUAUAUAUAUAUAUAUAUAUAUAUAUAUAAAUGAAAAUAUUGUUUAUACAUUAUAAUCAUUAUUAUAUUACAUGCAAUUGUUCGUAACUAAUAUCUAUUUGUUGAGAAUUUAAAACGACGAUAGAGAGAUAUUAUUAAAUUUUUGAUGAUACUAAAUGGUAUCCAAGAAAUUUUGUAUCAUUCAUUUAGUUUGAGAACAAUACUAAUGCUUACAAAAAAAUACCUUUCUUCUUUCUUUCUUC